AUGGAGGCAGAACUUCAGGCUAAAAUCGCUGGCUUGGACCAUGUCAUUUCCGAAUACUCUGUGGGUUAUUUGACGCAUGCUUCCAACCUCUAUGUCGAAGAUGCCAACACCCAGUCGCCCCUAACAGAAGCCGCGGAAACAGUGACGGAACUGUUGAUCUCUGCCUCAGGAGACUUCUCUGCGCAGAAUCGUGAUGCAAUUGUCAAUCUGGUGGAAAAAUUCAUUACAUCCCUGAGCACCUCCAAUGGCGAUUCAGAGCGCCCGCAGAUGCCCUUUGCGGCCAGGAGGCUUGAUCAGACCAUCAAUGUUGGCUCGCAACGGAACAUGUCUUCCACACUAGGCUUGACUGGCACCAACGUGGAUUUGGAGUCCGCUAAUGCCCGAAAAGUGGAGUCCCGAGUGGAUAAGAAGAAGCUGGAGAAGGCAGAGCGCAAGAUCAGAGCAAAGCAGGAAAAGAAACAAAUGAAGACAGUUACCUACGAGGCUUCGCGCCUGAUCCAGCCAGAUGAAACUAUGACGUAUGAAGAAUUCUUCAUGGCGGUCAACCCACUUCAGAUGGGCGCGGACUCCCAAUCCAAGAGUAAGGAUAUCAAACUGGACAACCUCGAUAUCUCUAUCGGUGGUCUGCGCAUCCUGACAGAUGCCGAUCUGACUCUUGCCUUUGGCCGACGAUAUGGUCUGGUUGGUCAAAACGGUAUCGGAAAGUCUACCCUGUUGCGAGCCCUUAGUCGCAGAGAAGUCGCCGUUCCAAGCCAUAUCUCGAUUCUCCACGUUGAACAAGAGAUCAUGGGUGACGAUACCCCGGCACUACAGGCAGUUUUGGACGCCGACGUGUGGCGCAAACAUCUCCUCGGCGAACAAGAGAAAAUCUCGAAACAACUGGCUGCUAUCGAAGAGGAACGAUCCUCCCUGGCAGACACAUCCAAGGAUGCUGCUCGCUUAGAUCAGGAACGAGAGGGCCUGGAUAUCACAUUAAGCGACAUUUACUCCAAACUUUCCGAGAUGGAAUCAGACAAGGCGGAGUCUCGAGCGGCUAGUAUUUUAGCUGGUCUUGGCUUCUCUCAAGAGAGGCAGCAGUAUGCAACCAAGACAUUUUCUGGAGGUUGGAGAAUGCGUCUUGCAUUGGCUCGAGCCCUGUUCUGCGAACCUGAUCUAUUGCUUCUUGACGAACCGUCGAACAUGUUGGAUGUUCCGUCUAUCACUUUCUUGUCUAACUACCUUCAGGGAUACCCUAGUACAGUACUGGUUGUUUCUCACGACAGAGCCUUCUUGAACGAAGUUGCCACAGAUAUUGUUCAUCAGCACUCAGAGAGAUUGGAUUACUACAAAGGCGCUAACUUUGAAUCGUUCUACGCGACGAAGGAAGAGCGAAGGAAGAAUGCCAAGCGCGAAUAUGAGAAGCAAAUGGCCGAGCGAGCACACUUGCAAGCCUUCAUUGACAAGUUCCGAUACAACGCCGCCAAAUCCUCAGAGGCUCAGUCCAGAAUCAAGAAACUUGAACGUAUGCCAGCUCUGGAAGCGCCAGAGAGCGAAUACGUCGUGCACUUCCAAUUCCCCGAGGUUGAGAAACUUUCGCCUCCUAUUGUUCAAAUGUCGGAUGUUUGCUUCGGCUACACGCCAGAAAGACCUCUCCUCAGGGAUGUGGAACUUGAUGUUCAGCUAGAUUCGCGUAUCGGAAUUGUUGGACCGAACGGUGCUGGUAAGACCACAGUGCUCAAACUGCUCACCAAUCAACUCCAGGCGACCAAGGGAUUGAUCUCUACACACUCGAGACUGCGCAUCGGAUUCUUUGCUCAACAUCACGUUGAUGCUCUCGACAUGAACUCCAGUGCUGUGAGCUUCAUGGCAAAGACAUAUCCCGGAAAGUCCGACGAGGAGUACCGAAGACACCUGGGCGCCUUUGGUAUCACCGGUAUGACUGGUCUUCAGCGAAUGGAACUUUUGUCUGGAGGUCAGAAGUCUCGUGUGGCCUUUGCAUGCCUGUCUUUGACUAAUCCUCAUAUCCUUGUUCUUGACGAGCCUUCCAAUCACUUGGAUAUCGAAGGUAUGGAUGCGCUUUCUGAUGCGCUCCAGCGGUUUGAGGGUGGUGUGGUCAUGGUUUCCCACGACGUGACGAUGUUGCAGAAUGUCUGUAAGAGUCUUUGGGUCUGUAACGAGGGAACUGUUCACAAGUUCGACGGUGAUGUGAAGGCAUACAAGAAGAUGAUUACCGCACAAGCUGAUGCAGCUGGUGUUGUAGCUAAGCAUUAA